AUGGAGGAAGAGCCUGGUGAGCGGACCCCUGCUCUGGGGGGUCAAAAAGCUCCAGACCGUCCCUCCAGAGUUCCGUCUAUGAGAGGAUCUUCACCUCGACGAAUUCCUCUAUUCGAACGUGCUUCUUCCCGUUGGUGGAAUCCACAAUUCCGCUCACCUAGCCUAGAAGCCCAGUAUUGGAAAUGCUCUUUUUCGCAACUACGAGAUCGUUUUCGGUCUGGCUUAAUCUAUAUUUCGUUUGUCUGUGUAGCUUGGGCACUAUAUUUGGCAAUAUUCGAUAGAGCUAGUAUUCAUCAUUGGAUUGCCGUUGUAGCAUUAGUGGCAACAUGUUCUCUUAUGGUCAUUUUUACCAUGUUUUCAACUCAAUACCAAAGGUUUUAUAUGCCCACAUCCUUUCUAUGUACCUUCAUCAUCUCCCUGGUGACACUGUUAACUUUCUCAGCUGGGCCAAAUGAUGCCUUCAUGACUCCAGUAGCUAGUCUAGUCACAAGUUUUCAGGUUGUGAUGUUGAUAUACACAGUCAUACCACUCCCUCUGUACCUUUGCAUAAUAAUUGGAGUGAUUUAUUCUGUUUUGUUCGAAGCUCUAAGUACUAGCAACCAUAACUUUGACAAAAACCCAUACAUAAAACUUGUUUUACACUUCGGAGUACAUAUGUUGGGGGUUCAUCUGUUCAUCUUAACCCAGGUUAGACAGCGGAAAACGUUUUUAAAAGUUGGUCAAUCGCUUCUGGCUCGUAAAGAUCUCGAGUUGGAGACGCAGUUUAAAGAUCAUAUGAUUCAGUCUGUGAUGCCUAAGAAGGUCGCUGAUGAACUUUUGAAAGAUGCUUCGGAACUAAGGCGUCCUUCCGCAAGUCAAGGAUCACAUUGUCGCACAAGCAAUGGGACAGCGAAUGGCACCAACGAUGACGCUGGAGCUAUGCUUCCCACUUCUGUGCCUGCUGGCCAUCGUAAAUUCCGUCCAUUCACCAUGAAUUUGAUGACGAAUGUCUCAAUUUUGUUCGCCGAUAUUGCGGGAUUCACGAAAAUGAGUUCGAACAAAAGUGCUGACGAGCUUGUGAAUCUGUUGAAUGACCUUUUUGGAAGAUUUGAUCAUUUAUGUCGAUUGUGUGGCUUAGAAAAGAUCAGUACACUCGGGGAUUGUUAUUAUUGUGUUGCUGGAUGUCCUGAGCCAUGUGAUGAUCAUGCUAAACGGACAGUUGAAAUGGGAUUGGAGAUGAUAACUGCUAUUCAACAAUUCGAUAUUGAUAGAGGUCAAGAAGUGAAUAUGCGUGUUGGUAUUCAUACUGGAAAGGUCAUGUGUGGUAUGGUAGGAACUAAGAGAUUCAAGUUCGAUGUGUUUUCAAACGAUGUCACAUUGGCAAAUGAAAUGGAAUCCAGUGGUGUUGCUGGUAGAGUCCAUAUCUCUGAGGCGACGGCCAAAUUUCUUAUGGAUGGCGAUUACAUACUAGAGGCUGCUGAUGACUAUUCAGGACCAUAUCGAAUGCAAGUGCAAGGAACGGAAAGAAGAGUUAAACCGGAAAGUAUGAAGACUUAUUUCAUCAAAUGCCGAGCAUCGGAAGUCGAGGAUGUGGUCCGAGUGACGACAGUGUCCGAGGCUCAAUCACAGGCUCUUUCCAAGAAUGGCUCGUUCAAGAAAAUGACGUUGAAGCAGAAAUUGGCUGGAAAACUGAAAAUGUCUCAUACAAACUCAUAUCCAGUCAGGAGUAACAAUGGGGGCUCUUUACGUAUGAAAUUAGCAGAGAGAAAUCGAUCGACUCAACUUCUCUCCAAAGAGUCCAAUUCGAUUUGUGUGAUGGAGGACAACAGGAAGUCAGCCUCGUUGCAGGCUUUAGCCACAAAUGCGUUCAAUGGAAGCAAUCCUGAGACUCGAAACUCUUAUGCUGAAGACUUGUGUGAGAGAGCUGUUCCUGGUAGUGUUAGCGGUAGCAAUAGCAUGAGAGGAUCUAGAAGUAGUGGACUCCAAGCUUCACUGCAUGAAGCUAAUUCUGAUCUGAAUAGUGUUGGAGGAUUAGAUACAGCUAUCUCGCAUCAUCAUAACGCUGCUUCCUUAACGAGAUUUGACACAGACAACAAAGACUUCGAUCAACGACUGGCUAUUGCCAUAUCCCAGGGAGAAACAGAUUUUGACAAAGGAUUUUGGGGACAUCAUCACAGUCUCAAUAAAUGGACUUUGCGAUUCAAUGAAAAAGAAGUUGAGGAUGAGUAUCGAAACCACUUCGCUGAUUCAGCCGAGAGAGGGAGUUACGUACAGAGUAACUCAAUUAGAAGACAUCAAGAUCUUGCUAGAGUUCAUGAUUCUGCUACUGCUCCCCAAUAUAGAUAUUCGGGAGUCUUCAUAGAUAUAAUUGUAGCUUCUAUGAUUUUCCUAGUUGCUUCCGUCGUAGUUUUCAUGUCAGCCAGUGAAAUCACUCUUCGUUUGGUGGUUUAUUUCUGUGUUGCUCUCACACUCAUUAUCGCUGCAGUUGGCUUCAUUGGAAUUCCAUUACUUAGCCGAAAACCAGUUAUGCCAUGGCUCAACUCGUGGAAAGCUCGGCAUUUGAUAGGAUCUUUGUUAAUGGGAUUAACGGUCGGUGUUGCCAUCUGUGUUAUUCCUUUGUGCAUUUACGAGAUGUGCUCAUUUGAUAUUCUGAGUCCUAUGCUAGAUCAAAGACUCAUAUUCUCAUACAUCCUGACUCUAUCUCUGUUUGCUCAUUGCAACUUCUCACAGUUAGCUGCUUGGCCCAAGACUGUCCAGUGCGGAAUCAUUGGUCUCUUCCAUGUGGCUGUUGUCUUCUACUGCCAACAUAAUAUAAUUCAAAACUUGGAGACUGGCGCUUGUACCAACAACGUUACUCUUUCCGAUCCAAUCAAGGCAAAGAAUGAUACCGACCAAGUUCUUCUAUCACCAUUACUACUCUGGGAAAUAACACUGGAUGUCAUUCUUUCCAUUAUUUUGGUUGGAUUUUUGAAUUAUCAAUUCGAGGCAGCUUUCAGAAUGUCAUUCUUUGGAGAUAUUCAAGCUAAAAGGGAUACAGAUCGGAUGCAGAUUGUGCGAGAUCAAGCAGAUUGGCUAUUGAACAACAUCAUUCCCGCUCACGCUGUUGAAACAUUGAAAACAGACACCAAAUACAGUGAAAACCACGAAUCAACUGCUGUUUUGUUUGCCUCAAUAACAAACUGGAACGAUAUGUAUGAAGAGAAUUUCGAAGGAGGAAGGGAAUUUCUUCGCGUCUUGAACGAAGUCAUUGGAGAUUUCGAUGAGCUGUUGGAUCGUCCAGAGUUCUGUCAUAUUGAGAAAAUCAAGACUAUUGGAGCUUCUUAUAUGGCAGCCAGUGGAUUAAAUCCUGAGCAAAAGAGGAAUAUGAAACAUCCCAAAGAGCAUCUGUAUCAGAUGGUAGAGUUCGCAUUAGCUAUUCAGCAUGCUUUGAGUGUUUUUAAUGAGGAUCUUCUGAAUUUCGACUUUGUUUGCAAACUCGGCCUCAAUAUAGGGCCUGUCACAGCUGGUGUUAUUGGUACAACCAAACUCUAUUACGACAUUUGGGGAGACACAGUCAAUAUUGCUUCCCGAAUGUACAGUACAGGGGUUCUGAAUAGAAUUCAGGUUUCCCAGCAUACACGAGAUUUACUCAUGGAUCGAUACGAUUUCGAAUACAGAGAUCACAUAGAAGUUAAGGGAAUCGAUGGUGGCAUGGACACCUAUCUGCUUGUAGGGCGUAAGCCUGAAUAA